UGACUCUGUACCCCUCAGUUUGAAAAUAACGCAUUGCAUUAGGUUUUAGCUGUACGAAUGGGUAUUCGUUAUUAUUUUGUUUAUUCACUGAUACAAUUUUACUUUGUGUACUGCUCAGAUAUUGAUUAAAUAUCUCUACUUGCUUGUGGAGUAGGUGGGGCAUGGUAUGGACCAGUAGGGUAGUGCGCCGUCGAACGUGACGAGGAUGUCAGUCAGUGUGUAAACUACAGCAGCUAGCUAGCCAGCUAGCAUCUGCUUGAGCGUAUGCUGCAAGCAAAUCUGUAAAAUAUAUCCAACUUUGUUUAUUUUCUUGAACGCAACAUUGGACUCUUUGUUGUGAGACAGAAGCCAUAAAAUGACAGAACUACGGCAUCGCGGCCCCACGGAGAACGAGUUACAGCAUCAACAAUCAGAGGACAAGGGGUCAGAUACGGAAGGACGGGUCGAUGGGGCAUCAGACAACGAGACCAAAGCUGACACAGGCGUCCCCGAAGUCCCCAUUCCCUCUGACGACACGCCGGAGGUCCUCAACAAGGCCCUGUCAGGACUGUCAUCAAGAUGGAGAAACUGGUGGGUGCGAGGGAUCCUGACUCUGGCCAUGAUCUCCUUCUUCUUCUUCAUCAUCUACCUGGGCCCCAUAGUGCUGAUGAUGAUUGUAAUGUGUGUCCAGAUCAAAUGCUUCCAGGAAAUCAUCCACAUCGGCUACAGCGUGUACCACUCCUACCACCUGCCCUGGUUCAGGUCGCUCAGCUGGUACUUCCUGUUGUGCGUGAACUACUUCUUCUAUGGUGAGACGGUGACGGACUACUUCUUCACGCUGGUGCAGCGUGAGAUGCCGCUGCGCAUCCUCAGCAAGUACCACCGCUUCAUCUCCUUCGCCCUCUACCUCACCGGGUUCUGCAUGUUCGUGUUGAGCCUGGUGAAGAAGCACUACCGCCUGCAGUUCUACAUGUUUGGCUGGACUCACGUGACUCUGCUGAUUGUGGUUACUCAGUCACACCUCAUCAUUCACAACCUCUUCGAGGGAAUGAUCUGGUUUAUAGUACCCAUCUCCUGUGUCAUCUGUAAUGACAUCAUGGCCUACAUGUUCGGCUUCUUCUUUGGACGCACCCCCCUUAUCAAGCUGUCUCCCAAGAAGACGUGGGAGGGCUUCAUCGGAGGAUUCUUCGCCACAGUUGUCUUUGGGAUCCUGCUGUCUUAUGUGAUGGCAGGCUACAGUUACUUUGUGUGUCCGGUGGAGUUUAACAACGACUCCAACAGGUUUGAAGUGGACUGCGAGCCUUCUGAACUGUUCCAGCUGCAGGACUACACUCUCCCCACCGUCCUGGCGUCCUUCACUGGCUGGUCCACCGUGCGUCUGUACCCGUUCCAGAUCCACACCAUCGCUCUGUCCACCUUUGCCUCCGUCAUGGGACCCUUCGGGGGAUUCUUUGCCAGUGGUUUCAAGAGGGCCUUUAAGAUCAAGGAUUUUGCAGACACUAUCCCUGGCCACGGAGGCAUCAUGGACCGCUUUGACUGCCAGUACCUAAUGGCCACCUUCGUCAAUGUCUACAUCGCCAGCUUCAUCAGGGGACCCAACCCCAGCAAAGUGAUCCAGCAGCUGCUGGCCCUGCGCCUGGACCAGCAGCUCAACAUCUUCAACUCCCUGAAGACUCACCUCACAGAGAGAGGGCUGCUGCCCGCCGGAGAGGAGGUGGCCUAGGGCCGCAGCCCAGACCCCUCUCACCUCAGGGUGGAUGUGGGGGGUGGAGGUCAGGUGGUGGUGGAGGUGGGGGUGUCCAUGAGAUGUGGUACCCCUCUCUUAAGAGAUGAGAGCACAUGAACACAAACAUGUACCCCCCUAACACCAUCCCAUUAACUAAAGCCUUUGGUCAUUCCAUUUGUGUGAGUGACUGUGUGUGUGUGUGCGUGUGCGUGUGUGUGAAUGUGGCUGUCAAGAGACACAUGGUCACGCUUCCGUCUCUGAAUGUGUUGUGUGAAUGUGUAUGUUGUUUGUCACACUUAGUCAGUGUUUUGUUUUUCUUGUGAGCCACUGUAUAUUUUUGUGUUGCUGUUUCUCCCAUAUGUCAGGUAGAGCACAGUAUAUAGCCAUACAGUGCACAGUACACAGUACUUCCUGAGGUCAGCUGUAUAUUUCCACGUGUAUACAGUACAAUAUUAUAUUCUACUCCUAUAAUGUGUGUGAAAUAUUUUAUGGUACAUGCUUUUAUUUUUUACUUUUUGUUUUAAUGCACUGCUCUCUACAAGCCCACACUGUUCUAGUAUGUCUUUGCAAUGUAUUUGCUUUGUGCUCUUUUUGUUGAUGGUUUGUUCAGUUCGGGUCAGAGAUUUUAGAAUACCGUAUCCAGUAUUUUUUCCUGUCUGUUUGGUGAGUUAAGUGACAAAUCUCUGGUCAUCUUUGUCUCCGUCUCUCUUUCUCUUUCUUUUUCUCUCCCUCAUUCACACAGUGCGUUUCCAGUCAUGUCUGUUAAAGAACACGUAGCGCGGAGCGAGAGCCAUUCAUUCUGCGGCAGCAGGUACACUAAGCAGUGGAGCUGUGGAGGCACUGUGGUUGGGUAGUCAGUCAAGUCAGAGAGGCAAACAGUGCUGCUAAUGAGUGUAUAGAUUGGCUAACGUCAGGGCAAGAUGGCGUGGUGGAAUGGAAGUGUCGUCAUGCUGGGUCCUAGCACUAGUGCAGAAUUGAGCGAUCUCCAACUGAAGUGAACCACACAUAGUGUUAGUGGAGGUAGGUGUAAAUCGCACCUUGACAUGGCAGUCUCGCUGAGUCUUUGUCGGGGAUGUAGUGGCUGAAAAGAGUCCACGUCCAUUGCUCUUGCUGUUUUUUAAGACUCAGGUCUGCAGAAGAAUCAGUACUGAGCACACUUAAGAGAGAUGCGUCCAGUCAUGUGAUGGAGCCUGAAUGUAAUGAGAGAGGUGAAGUUUGUGGUCCAGACCCUGUACACAGACUCGGUGGUCUAUACAUUCAGCUGGUGGUCCAGGACACCAUGUUCUAUAUAGUGUAGUAUCUGCAGUCAGGCUGUUCUUUAAUCAUAUAAGAGUUAGUGUCAUUUCAUUCAUAUUUAUUACGAGUGAAGAUCUUUUUCUACUGAACCAUUUACAAAGAAUAGUGUAUGUCAUUAAAAGGUAUUGUUUACAUUAGUUCUUUUUAGUUGAUGGGUCAAUUUGUUUGAAUUAGGAAAGCUAAGAGACAGUUACAAACUACCUAAUAUAUACUUAUUUAUAUAUGUAAUGGGUGAAGCCGAGAGAAAAAUGUAUGGUGAAAAUGAAAUAGGAUGGUCAAUGAAAGUGAGCAAUGGAUUUAAGCCUCUGUAUAGCUGUGCUAAAAAAUGUGAUAGCUGAGCUGAAUAUAUUGUGCUCCCAUCAUACACCCUGUACGUUUCUGAAGGGACCAUUCUCCAGUCUAGACAGGAGACAAGCCCAGCCAAACAAGAUGGUUUGAAUGAAGUUCAGAAGCCCCAGGUUCACACCCUCUCCUAAAUGACUCUCACUGUGACGCUGUGUCAUAUUAAAGGGAUGAUUCUCUCAGCGGGAACCAAGCAUGACCUUAAAACAUUAUCCCCACUCAUUUCACUGCCACAUAAUUAGCCAUUUUUUACUGCUAGUAUGAGGGUCCAAUUCCACUUCACAAAAUGGAACAUUUACUUUGUUGCAGGUCUUUGGUCUAAAAGGCUAUCUAUACUGCCCAAACUAAUUUCAGCCAUCUUAGUCACCAUGUUUGCGAGACUUGGGUGAUGAGCAGGUGUUUGUUGGGGUUUGUUGAUCGUCAUAGGGCUUUGUUUGAGAGCUUUUAGUGUGUUCGCUCAUUUGCCUGUUGUCAGUGAAAUGGUAAUUUAUAGGAUACCUAGGAAAGAGUUGCAGUUACACAUUAGCCAGAUCAUGUAGCUAAUGCUGAGGUAAUACUUUGAAUUCAAAAAGAAAAAAAAGGAGAACAAAGUUAUUUUCUCUUGCACAACAGACCCUUGUUUACUCUGGUGGCUUUUUGGUGGCUACCAACGUUAACAUAGGUGGCUAUUUUAGUGGCUAUUGACAUCAAGAGGGAGCUUUUUGGCAAAGGGUUUUUCCCUCAUUUCAGAGACAGUUAACGGGAGAUGUUGAAAAUAGAUGCCAUAGGACAGUUUUCCCAGUAUCUGUAUUUUUGUUGUUACUGCUUUAUUUAAUUAUUUUUGCACUGGUAUGAUGACUGGGAUUCUUUCCCUCCCAAAACAGUAAGCCAUAACUUUGCAAGAGUUGGUUUUGAAAUGUUUUGUAUGUGCAAGAAUGAUUCUGCCAAAUAAUCCAAGUGGGGGGACAUUAUUGUUUGACAGAAUACACAAUUCAUUAGUUUAUUCAGUUUUGCCACCUAGAUUAUGAAGAUGUUCUGUGGCUAACAAGAGUUAGCGCAAUGAUCAUAGCAAUUUCUCUCAACUCAUUACCUUGUAAAGACUAGGACGGUCAUAUUGCUAAGCAGGACCACCACAAAUCUAUGUGCACAUACAGAAAAACCUGGUUAUUACACUCACUGAUCUAUCCCACUGCCAUCCAUAUUGUAAUUAUAUAGAGAAUAUAUCAAGUGUUUAUUCUUAUUAUUUCAACAGGUGUCUUGUGCUCUUUUCUUUUUUGUAAACCUUUAAAUGUUGUAAGGAUAUCAACAUGUUACUUGUGAUUAUAUUAAAUGGGUUUUUAAAUAUGAUGGUGCAGAGAAUUUUUUCAGAUUGUUUUGUGUGGUUUGUUCAUUGGCAAUUAUGUUGCUAUCUGCAUUUUGUUGUGAAAAAUUCUAUAGCAAAAUAUUUAGAAGAUACUACAGAGAAAUAUUUAUAUGUUGUAUAAAGGUAUUGCUUUACUCUCAGUAGUUAUAUGUUGAGUAUGUUGUGUUUUUGCAACUCUGCAAAGUGCUAUCUGGAAGCAAUGUCAUGGACUAAUAGAAUAGAACUUUUGAUGUAAGCUCUAGCUGCUUCAGAAGGUGAAUACUUGAGGGGCACUGAUGGGCAAACAAUGGGAGGAGUUGAUAUUGCAAUAAGGGUUUGGGAGUUGACCACGGUGGUUUACCUGUAGAUGACCACUAGGGGACGCUGGCAAUCCUGCAUCCAGAGAGAAUCAACAGCAUGUGGCAGCACUACAAUGGAGACCUGAGGUGGUGGUUCCGCCCCUGCAGGUAUAGCUGUGGUUACGUUCCCCAUCAUAGUGUUGCAUGUGUUCUGAGGUACACUUUCUUAUGCUUGCUGCAACUGUCUAUACCUAAGUAUUUAGCCCACAGAUAUUGCUUCAGAUGUUUUCGGUUCAUCAUGUGAAAUAUUCCAUCAUAAAUCUAUUUUGGUUUGGACUCUGCAUCGGUUGCCUUUGUGAACAACUGAUCAUUGAUCUUUAUUAUUAUUAUUAUUAUUAUUAUUGCAUAUGUUGUUAACUGUGCUUUCCCCUGCAGUAAAUUGUUUUCCAUGUGUUACAUGCCAUUAAAAGGAAAGCAAAGCA